UUUUAAGUUCCUUCCUACCGCUUGCUUCAUACAUCUGAGGAGAGUAGUUCCGCUCUCCUCCCUCCUUAUCCCAUUCCUGCCACGGCCGCUCACUUUUUAAACCCUCGUCACCAUGGCGUCGUUCUUAGAAAAUGCAUACAGUCUUGUCCAUUUGGACAACACGGCUGAUCAGCCUUCCAUACAGGACUUGAAGUUGCAGUUGGAGAAGGGCAAUGAUGAAACUAAGAUGGACACGAUGAGGACGAUCAUCACGAUCAUGCUCAAUGGAGAUCCAAUGCACCAGCUGUUGAUGCACAUUAUUCGAUUUGUGAUGCCUUCGAAGAGCAAGCCUCUCAAGAAGCUGCUGUACUUCUACUACGAAAUCUGCCCGAAGCUCGAUGCGAAUGGCAAGUUGAAGCAAGAGAUGAUCCUGGUCUGCAACGGUAUUCGCAAUGACCUUCAGCACCCCAACGAAUACAUUCGAGGCAACACCCUUCGUUUCCUGUGCAAGCUCCGAGAGCCUGAACUCAUUGAACCCCUCCUUUCGUCAGCCCGCUCAUGCUUGGAACACCGUCAUGCCUAUGUGAGAAAGAAUGCCGUCUGGGCCGUCGCUUCUAUUUUCCAACAUUCGGAAGCUCUUAUUCCCGAUGCGCCUGAACUCAUCCAGACGUUCCUCGACACCGAGACUGACGGCACGUGCAAGCGUAAUGCUUUCGCAGCUCUCAUGUCCAUCAGCCAUCAGAAAGCCCUAGAGUACUUGGCCUCUACAUUCGACAGUAUUCCGAAUACAGAUGAACUCCUCCAGCUGGCGGAGCUUGAAUUUAUCAGGAAAGAUGCGGUACAAAACGCUCAGAACAAGGCGAGGUACCUGAAAUUGAUCUUCGACCUCCUAGACGCUUCAACCAGUACCGUUAUCUACGAAGCUGCGACAUCCCUUACUGCUCUCACCAGUAACCCAGUCGCCGUUAAGGCUGCUGCCCAGAAGUUAAUCGAAUUAUGCAUCAGGGAGGCCGACAACAAUGUGAAGCUCAUUGUUCUUGAUCGGGUUGACCAGCUAAGGAUCCGCAAUGAAGGCGUCUUGGAGGAUCUCACGAUGGAAAUUCUACGCGUCCUUUCCAGCCCUGACAUCGACGUUCGGCGGAAGGCCCUCGGCAUCGCAUUGGAGAUGGUCUCCAGCAAGAAUGUCGAAGAGAUUGUCAUGCUACUGAAGAAAGAGCUCGCCAAGACUGUAGAUGAACAAUACGAGAAGAAUAGCGAGUAUCGUCAACUUCUUAUCCAAUCGAUACACAACUGUGCCAUUAAGUUCUCGGAGAUCGCUGCUAGCGUUGUUGAUCUUCUAAUGGACUUUAUUGCGGACUUUAACAACAACUCUGCCGUUGAUGUGAUCUCGUUCGUCAAGGAGGUCGUUGAGAAGUUCCCUAACCUGCGCGCUUCCAUCGUCGAUCGCCUGGUGUCGACUUUGAGUGAGGUCCGUGCCGGAAAGGUUUACCGCGGUGUCUUGUGGGUUGUCGGUGAAUACUCUUUGGAGGAGAAAGACAUCCGUGAAGCCUGGAAGAAGAUCAGAGCUAGCUUGGGUGAGAUCCCUAUCUUGGCCUCGGAACAGCGGCUGCUCGAUGAAACCCCGGAAGACAGUGCACUCAAGGAACAGGCCAAUGGCCAUGCCAAGCCUUCAGCGCCAACAGGGUCCAGAAAGGUGUUGGCAGACGGCACGUAUGCUACUGAAAGCGCUUUGACUAGCCAGUCCGCGGCUGCAGCCAGGCUUGAAGCCGUCAAAGCUGCUCAGAAGCCCCCUCUCCGUCAAUUGAUCUUAGAUGGUGAUUACUACCUAGCAACCGUUCUUUCUUCCACUUUGACGAAAUUGGUGAUGCGCCAUUCUGAGGUUUCUGAGGAUGCUGCUCGGACCAACGCACUGCGUGCGGAAGCAAUGCUGAUCAUGAUCUCGAUUAUCCGUGUCGGCCAAUCUCAUUUCGUCAAAGCCCCUAUUGACGAGGAUUCAGUGGAUCGUAUCAUGUGCUGUGUACGUUCGCUUGCUGAGUUCUCCGAGAGGAAGGAACUGGAAACCACUUUUCUGGAGGACACGCGGAAGGCGUUCCGGGCCAUGGUCCAGGUAGAGGACAAGAAGAGAGCUGCUAAGGAGGCGGUCGAGAAGGCCAAGAGUGCUGUGCAGAUCGAUGACGCUAUCCCUAUCCGGCAAUUCUCCAAGAAGAACGCUCUUGAAGGCGCGGAAGAGAUUGAGCUUGAUUUAGCCAAGGCCACUGGUGGAGACUCCACGGUGGAAACUGUCUCUUCCAAACUCAGCCGUGUGGUACAACUCACUGGAUUCUCGGAUCCCGUCUAUGCGGAGGCCUACGUCACCGUUCACCAGUUCGAUAUUGUUCUGGAUGUUCUUCUGGUCAACCAGACUCUGGAAACCCUGCAAAAUCUGUCCGUCGAGUUUGCAACACUUGGAGACCUGAAGGUUGUUGAACGGCCAGCAACCCAUAACCUCGGACCUCGCGAUUUCUUGAAUGUGCAGGCUACAGUCAAGGUAUCGUCCACGGACACCGGUGUCAUCUUUGGUAACAUCGUGUAUGAUGGCGCCAGCUCAACCGAGUCGCAUGUUGUCAUUCUCAACGACAUUCAUGCCGAUAUUAUGGAUUACAUCCAGCCCGCUCACUGCACCGAGACUCAGUUCCGGACCAUGUGGACCGAAUUCGAGUGGGAGAACAAGGUCAACAUCAACUCCAAGGCGAAGAGCCUCCGCGAAUUCCUCAAGCAACUCAUGGACAGCACCAACAUGGCAUGCCUGACGCCAGAAGCAUCGCUGAAGGGCGACUGUCGAUUCUUGAGUGCUAAUCUCUAUGCCCGGAGCGUAUUUGGCGAGGACGCACUUGCAAACUUGAGCAUUGAGAAGGAAGGAGACGAUGGACCGAUCACUGGAUUUGUGCGGAUAAGAAGCCGUUCACAGGGACUGGCAUUGAGUUUGGGAUCCCUGAAAGGCCUAAAGGCCUCGGCUGCCUAAUUGAUGUUGACCAGCGCUUGAAUAGUUGAUUACCCUUUUACAUUCUAUCUUAUUAUCAUAGUAUCUAUUGUAUUUGAUCUGCGUUUUGUUCUCUCUACAGUGUGACUCUGAUGGACGAAUCUCUUGACUAUACGUGUUUCCUUUUUCUAUCGUGUUGUACUGGAUGAGAAAAGACUUUUUUUUUUUCUUUUUCCUUCUUCUUUGAAAUGAAAGAAUUUUACA